AUGAUAAAGAGUAUCUUAGACAAACAUCUGCCUAUGAAUGCCCACCAGCUGGUAUCGGGAAGGCUGCAUGUUAUCCUCACCCGUCUGCGUGACUUUAGAAGCACAACGGUUUCAGAUUUUGCCUCGAAGGAGGACCUCAUUCAGGCCCUGAUAUGCAGCUGCUUCGUCCCUCUGUAUGUUGGAUUAUUACCUCCUGUGUACCGUGGAGUGCGUUACAUGGAUGGGGAACUCGGCCUGUGGCACACCAACUUCACGUCCCAGACCAUGAUCACCGUGUCUCCUUUUGCUGGCGAAUACGACAUCUGUCCCAGAGAUGACCCAGCUCCCUUCUUCAUUUUCCAAGUAUCUGAUUGUACUUUACGGUUAUCAAAAAGAAACAUCUCCCGCUUCCUGUAUAUUAUCCAGUUUCCCACAUAUCAAGUUAUGGACCAGCUUUAUACCCAGGGCUACCAGGACGCAGUCUCCUUCUUAAAAAGACUGA